AUGCCGCCCAAAGGAACUAGAGGGAAGAACAAGCGUCCCCUCGAGGAGGGAGACGACAAUGCGCGUCAGUCUAGGUCCAAGACCGCGAAGACGGCCGAGACAUCCGGAGAUCAACCUCCCAACGACAAUGGUGAGGGUGCUCAGACUCAACGGCCUUCUCGGGCACCCCGGAUCGCGAGAGGGCCCAAAGGAGAGAUUUUCUUGCCUGAAAUCAUGCCACGAGAAUGCGCAGAGAUCAUCAAGGACAUCCCCAUGCCUGGAGGUUGGGUUUGCGGCAUUGAUGCCACCCCCGAUCGGUCCAUGACACUCAACUCUCGUGAGUGGUGGGAGGAGUUUGGACCUUGGCUGGAGCAACACAAGAAGAAGCUCAAGCUCUCUGCUGCCGACUGGAAGAAGAAGGACGAGGCCUUGAAGAAAGAUUACGAGCCCGUUUCCGAAGAUGAAGGGAUUGAGGAUUGGGAUUUUAUCUGCUGCUCUAAGCCCAACGUGGAAUCUCGACGAGACGAAUACGAGGGGGAUGAGGAAGACGAUGAUGAAGAUGAAGAUGAUGAGGAUGAGGAAGACGAUGAUGAAGAUGAAGAUGAUGAGGAUGAGGAAGAAGAAGAUGGCGACGAGGGCAAUGACAAGGACAAAGGCAAAGGCAAGGACAAGGGCAAGAAGCAGCCGGAGAAGAAGCCCAUUGAUAAGCUUGCCUCUCUUCACCCUGAGUGGCCAUGGGUUUUCACCGUGCUUGGCCGGGACAGAGUUAGAUGGUGGAUCCAAGAGGCCACGAAGCGCGACCAGGACAGCUUUGGGCUGCACUACUACAAUGACUUUACUUGGUACGGCGCGCUCGAGGUUGUCGAGAACGUUAUUUCAACUUUCGACGCGGCCUUCAAGCCCAAGGCGAGCUAUCGCGAUUGGUGGCCCGAGGUCGAGGGUCUCGUGCUGGGCCUUUACAGCACCUUUCUCGAAUUUGAGAUGUGCGAUGAUGGCCAGCGCUGCGGCAAAGUCAUUGAACUGAUCGGCUACCUGGUCGUUGCAGCCAUGGAAGCCCUCAAGAAGGAGGGAGUGUUCAAGCCCGACUCGGAGAUUCGUAACCUCGGCCUUGUCCUCGCCAUGUUCAUCCAAUGGGGCCAUGGGGAGCUUCCAUACGGGUUUGAGGAAGAGCUCUGCUCGUGGGCCUACAAGCUCCUUGACAUGGCUGACGAAGCUGGAAUUGAUCUCACCGGGCCACCUAGGUACGAGAAAGCUAUCAAGAAGAUUAUCGACGAGAGGGACCGCAAGGCCAAGGCCAUGAAGAAGUGGGACAAGGUCAACUGGGCCACCAAGCUGAGAGCUUACACCUCGAAGCACGGUGGGAAGUCCCGAUUUGGAGGGCAUCAGUACGACAUCACCAAACAGAGCGCCGCCGAGAGGAAGAGGCAUUCAUUGGACGGCGACGGUUGGGACCUGAUGUAG